CCGGGAUUCCCACCCAGUUUCCAAGAUCCUUUAUAAGACCAUCCACACCAACCUCGACCAUUCUUCGACGUCUUUCAAGAGCUGCUAUAACACCCCUCCCCCCCCCCCCUCUCUCUCUCUCAUUAGUAACAUUUAAUCAUGACUAAAGCCGUUGUUCUGGGUGCAGCAGGUGGUAUCGGCCAACCGCUUUCCCUCCUCCUCAAAACUAACCCACUUAUCACUGAGCUUGGUCUCUAUGAUAUCGUGAACACUCCUGGUGUUGCUGCCGAUUUGUCUCACAUCGCUUCACCUGCAAAAGUUUCUGGAUACCUCCCUCCAGAUGACGGCUUGAAAAAGACGCUUCGAGGUGCUGAUAUUGUCGUCAUUCCUGCUGGAGUCCCUCGCAAACCCGGUAUGACUCGUGAUGAUUUGUUCAAGAUCAACGCGGGUAUCGUGCGCGAUUUGGCAAUUGCGAUCGCAGAGGUUGCUCCAAAAGCUUUGGUUCUCGUCAUUUCCAAUCCUGUCAAUAGCACCGUUCCCAUCGUUGCCGAAGUCUUCAAGAAAAGGGGCGUCUUCGACCCUAAGCGGAUCUUUGGCGUUACGACCCUAGACGUGGUACGCGCAUCCACAUUUGUAGCUGAAAUCGUCAAGGACACCACGAUCGCUCCCGAAGUCCGAGUCCCAGUGGUGGGAGGUCAUUCUGGAGUGACGAUCAUCCCACUACUCUCGCAAUCGUCUCACCCUCUCCCUGCUUCGACCGAUCUCAAAGUGCUCACGAACCGUAUUCAAUUUGGUGGAGAUGAAGUCGUGAAGGCUAAAGAUGGAGCUGGAAGCGCUACGCUUAGCAUGGCUUAUGCUGGUGCUGAGUUUACUGAGAAAGCGUUGAGGGCUCUCAAGGGAGAGAAGGGGAUCGUUGCACCUAGUUUUGUUCAUUUGAGCGCGGAUUCUGAAGGAGGUAAGGAGGUCGUGAAAGAGAUUGGCACCGAGCUUGCCUAUUUCUCUGCACCUGUCGAACUCGGGCCCAAUGGCGUGGAAAAGAUUUUCCCACUUGGAAAGACUACCGAGUAUGAGAAAGAACUCAUCAAGGCCGCUAUCGCUGAUCUGCAGGACAACAUUAGCAAGGGAGUUGGCUUCAUCGAGCAAUCCAAGCUGUAAAGAGUCGGGGAUUUGUUCCAGAGAUAUAUAUAUAUAUUCCUUUUUUUCUUUCGUAGUUUUCGCCGAACGCGUGUACAAAUAUACAUUAAACUCAAGUCUAUUCUAUUAAAGUGGCUUUCGAUGG